GACCAAUUCUCCCCAGCACACACAUUUGCACAGUGCAGAGUCCCCAGGCCUCCACAAUGUCGGACCCUGCCUCCUGGCCGCACUCUCCUCCUUACCUGCUGCUGGCUCUGCUGUUGGGAGUUAUAGGGUCCCGUGUGACAGGCUCAUCGCGAGGGCUACAUGCCAUGUACACGCAGCGGGCUGGGCUCACGGUGUGCACUCAGUGAAAGCUGUUGUGGAUAAACACUUGAGCGGACGGACAGGAUCGCACAAGGAUGGUAAGUAGCUGUUGUGUUCUCCCUCCAGGUGUGUCAGAUGAGAUGGAACUGCAGGUGAUCCAGCCCGAGAAGUCGGUGUCUGUGGCAGCCGGAGAGACAGCCACUCUGCGCUGCACCCUGACCUCCCUGCUCCCCGUUGGGAAGGUCAAGUGGUUCAGGGGCACAGGGCCAGGCCGGGAGUUAAUCUUCAGUUCUGUCGGAUACCGCCACUCCCCCCGAGUAACAACUGUUACAGACAUCACAAAGCGAAGCAACCUGGACUUUUCCAUCCACAUCAGUAACAUCACCCCAGCAGACACGGGAACCUACUACUGUGUGAAGUUCAGGAAACGGGCUCCGGAUGUGGAGUUUAAGUCUGGACAAGGCACACAGGUCAUCGUCAGCGCCAAACCCUCUCCCCCAGUGGUGUCGGGCCCCACGGCCAGGGCCACACCUGAGCAGACUGUGAGCUUCACCUGCGAGUCCCACGGCUUCUCCCCCAGAAACGUCACCCUGAAAUGGUUCAAAAACGGGAAUGAGCUGGCAGCCUCCCAGACCACCGUGGACCCAGAGGGAGACAGCGCUUCCUACAGCAUCUCCAGCACAACCACGCUGCCGCUGGCCCCGGGGGACGUUCGCUCCCAGGUCACCUGCGAGGUGGCCCACGUGACCCUGCAGGGGGGCCCUCCUCUUCGUGGGACUGCCAACUUGUCCGAGACCCUCCGAGUUCCACCCACCUUGGAGGUUGCCCAGCAACCCAUGACAGGGGACGAGGUGAAGGUCAUUUGCCAAGUGAAGAAGUUCUACCCCCAGCGCCUACAGCUGACCUGGUUGGAGAACGGACACGUGUCCCAAACAGAAACGGCCUCGACGGCCUCGAACCUCACAGAGAACAAGGAUGGGACCUUUAACUGGACAAGCUGGCUCCUGGUGAAUUUAUCCGCCCACAGGGAAGAUGUGGUUUUCACCUGCCAGGUGCAGCAUGACGGGCAGCCCGUGGUCACCAAAACCCAUACCCUUGUGGUCUCUGCCCGCCAGAAGGACCAGGAAGCCCAUAUGACCCACGAUCUAGAACUGUCCACUCCACUCCUGGUGGCUCUCUACCUGGGUCCCAAGCUGCUACUGCUGCUCGUCACUGUCUCAGUCAUCUAUAUCCACAGGAAGUAAUGGAUUGGCUGUGAGUUAUGGACAAAGAAGACAGGGCAAGGUGUCCCAGGAGGAAAAUAGCACCCAGCACAGGACAAAGGAGACACGUGGAGAACAUUUCUGGAAUGAUGCGCAGAUAAUGAAAUGUGAACAUGGGUCCACAGCUCCUUCCUUCCUCCCCUGCUACAUGCCAUCCUUGGUCUCUGCUGCCUCCUUCCUUCCCUGAGGGGCCCAGCCUAAGACAAGGAACAACUAGAAGCUUCCACAACCCUGCCCCAGAUGCCUGCUUCCCCAGAGACCCACCUGCCCACAGUUCCUGCCGCUCCUCUCCCAGUCCUUGAUGCCCCCAGAGCUGGUCUUCACACCUGGUCCUGAGCAGGGCAAUAGAAUGUCUCUGGAGACUGACACAUGGAUAUCCUACUAGAAUGUGAGAAACAAGUCACAUGUACACACACCAGGCUAUCUCGUAUCCUUCUCCUGGGGACCAUGGUCAUGAAGUACACACUCAAGUCCAUGUUCUCACAGGUUAUUCCUGCCAACCCUCAGACUCCUAAGCCUUGGUGAGUUCUCCAAUGUCUCUCGAAUACAAAUGAAUCCCAUCCUGGUUGGAAGAAGAGAAGGGAUUCUCCUCCCUCUUUGCCUACAUGUCCUUCUACUCAGACCCACAGAGGAAUAUCUCUUCCUCUCCCUGUGAUGGGAACACUACCUCUUCUGUCACCUUCAUCCUUCCCGACCUUGUUGCUCAUGUACACGUGCUGGCAGUCCAGAAACCUGGACCCUUCCCUGAUUUCCUUCUUCGUAUCCCGUGUUCAAUUCUGCCUUCAUAAAGCUAUGUGCAGUGGCAAGAUGGUAAAUGUUCAACAAUCCACUUCUCUGGAGGAAAAAGAAGCCCGAUUUGUAGUGCUUGUCCACUUCGGUGGUGUCUACACUCCCAACGUGGCCAAUUUCAAGCUGCCAACAGUGGAACAACUAGCUUGCAAAAUUCCUGGAAAGCUCUCAGGAGCAAGGGCAAGCCUCCUCCCGCCCACCAGGGAGCUCCACCCAGCACCUGCACACUGCUCGCUCCCGGGCUGCCCCCUGGUCCCGGCAACCAGCAUCCCUUCCUGGACCAUUGCCGCGUCCCUAACAGACUCUCCAGGUUCCGCCACAGUGAUCCUAUGGAAAUGGAGGUCAAAUUGUCUCCCUUCUGUGCUUCCUCCCCCUACAGAUGUACAUGGCUCCGUCUCUCCCCGUUUCAAGCUCUGCUGAUAUGUCCCUUUAUGAAAAGCACCUUCCAAAAACCACCCCAUGUAAAAUA